CGUGCUGCUAUUGGCAGCUACAGCUGUCUAUCACUGGGUCCCGGCUGGAGAUUCCCCACCGGCACCCGGCGAUCGCCGAGGAACACUGAUGGGGAGAGGUCUGUAUGUAAACAACACAGAUUUCUCCCCUGUCAGCUCCAGCAUGCUGCUUUGUAUUGCUCUGCAGCAUGCCUCCCUAGUAAAAUAGAGCACACAGCACACAGUAAAAGCACACACAGCACGCAGUUAACCCUUUGAUCACCCCAGAUGUUAACCCCUUCCUGCCCAGUAUCAUUAAUACAGUGUUGGUGCUUUUUAUUAGCACUGAUCACUGUAUUAGUGUCACUGGGGAUGUCAGUGACAUUUAGUCAGUUUCCCCCCAGUGUCAGAAUGCCCGCUGUAGUCCCGCAAU